AUGCCAUCUUUUAAAGUUAGUGUUAGACAAAACAGGCUCGCAAUAAAUAAUAGACACCGUCCGUCAGAUAAAAUAAUCCAUGCCAUCUCAUCAUCAUCAUCCCACGCUCCAUCCAUGAGAUCGCCUGCAUCCGUCCACACUCCUCAUUGUAGCCCGGACGAAUGGAUCUGCCCCAUCACGUCCACCGGGCCGUGGGCGUAUAUUUGCACCGGAUGGCUCUGAAAAGAGGAUUGAUGAAGAGGGAGAGAGGGGGGUGGUAGAGGAGUAGAGUAUUAGACAAGUCGCUGUCGGCGGGCCCCGCCGUGACCUCCCCCCACGACCGCGACCCGCCCCCGUUUGAAAACCGCUUUGCUCCUCCUCCCUCGGGUCUCGUUCGUUUCCAGGAAUCCGAGGACUCGGCUUUCCGUAUUCGCAUCUUCCGCUCUGCCGGUCGGUCGGUCGGUCGGCGCGGCCCCCCAUGGCCGCCGAGGGGACGAGCAGGCGGAGGAUCCUCGACUACCUCAACGACGGCGAGGAGUUCGGGCUCGAGGGGCCCUCGUCGGCCGCCGCCGCGACGACGCCGAGGGCGCUGGCCGCCGCCAGGUCGCUCCUGCCCAGGUUCCGCUGGGCGCGGCUCGCCAGGCUCGGCCGGAAGGCCCGCGCCGACGGCAAAGGCAAAGGGCAGGAGAUCGUCGCCGCGGCGGAGGAGGAGGACGUGCGCGUGCUCAGCGACGCCUCUGCCUCGUCAGCGGCAUGCGCGGCGGCGGUCGGCGGCGAGGCGACGAGGCCGUCGGGCCUGAGCGUGGGGCUGGGCCUGCUGUUCCUGCUCGCCAAGACGUCCGACGAGUUCAACAAGAUGGCCGGGGUGCGGGCCGAGAUGGAGGCGCUGAUCAGGGAUUUCAAAGGCCAGCACGCCAUGGCGACGGCCAACGCCGGCGGCGAAGACGACGUGCCGGGAGACCGCAACCCCGAUUCCGCCGCGUCGAGCUGCCUCACGGACGGGAACGAGCCGCGGGCCGCGACCGGCCGGUGUGAGGACCAUCGUCGUCGUCAUCAUCAUCAGGUCGCCGAGAUGGAGGCGGCGAGCCGCAGGAGGAUGGACGUGCUGGAGGAGGAGUUCCACGCCGAGCUCGAGCGCGUUCGCGCCGGCUACGGCCAGGACACGCCGCCGUUCUCGAUUGGAGAGGAGCGCGGCGAGGGCGGAGCAGAGCCGUCGGACGAUGACGACGACGACGACAUUGCCGACUGCCGGGAGGGUUUCGACAGCGACCUCGGCGACGACGACGACGACGGCCACCACGAUGACGACCGCGACGAGGAGGAGGAGGAGGACGACGACGACGACGCUGAUCGGUACGGUGUGUCGGCCCUGGAGCUGGAGAGGAGGCUGCACGAGCUGCUCCACCAGAGGAACCAGGAGCGGAUCGAGGAGCUGGAGGCGGCGCUCCGGCGCGCCGAGAAGCGGCUCUUCGACAAGGAGAUGGAGGCGUCCCUCUGGAAGGACACGGCCAAAAUGGCCUUCCGCCACGACCACGACUCCGGCUCCGACUCGCCAUGAGGAAUUUCGUGCAGUACUUUUUGUCGCCAUUGAUCAUCGAUCGGCCGUACAUUGUACUCAUGGAUGAAGGUGGAUUUUGGGGAUUUAAUGCAUGGAUGAAGAAGCAGGCAAUCGGGCUUCGGGAUGGGUGGCCGACUGUAGGAUGGGCCUUAUGUACAAUGUGUCACCACUGUUAGCAACUUAUAGCUGGAGCUGUUCAUACCGCCAGGGUUUAGAGUCAUAGCACUGUAGGUUACAUGGGCAUGGCCGGGAGUAGGAUGGAACAGCAGGGUAGGAUAUGCUCAGCUAGCAGCCUCACUGAUGAUUUCGAUAUCCAUGUAAUUGGAGUACAGUGUUGGGAGUUCAUGCAUAUCACUCGUAUGCAGUUUCAGAAUUAGUGCAGCAAUGUGACAGCCUGCUCUUAGUAAGAAAUUGUCGGCCUUUUUACAGAUAUAUAUGAUCAUUUGAAAGGAUUUCUUUUGCAGCAA